GUGAGGCAGGCAACCAAUCAGAUAGUGAUGAAUUGUGCUGAUAUUGACAUUAUUACAGCUUCAUAUGCACCAGAGGGAGAUGAAGAAAUACAUGCUACAGGAUUUAAUUAUCAGAAUGAAGAUGAAAAAGUCACCUUGUCUUUUCCUAGCACUCUCCAAACAGGUACAGGAACCUUAAAGAUAGAUUUUGUUGGAGAGCUGAAUGACAAAAUGAAAGGCUUCUACAGAAGUAAAUAUACUACCCCUUCUGGAGAGGUGCGUUAUGCUGCUGUCACACAGUUUGAGGCUACGGAUGCUCGGAGGGCUUUCCCUUGCUGGGAUGAGCCUGCCAUCAAAGCAACUUUUGAUAUCUCGUUGGUUGUUCCUAAAGACAGAGUAGCUUUAUCAAAUAUGAAUGUAAUUGAUCGGAAACCGUACCCUGAUGAUGAAAAUGUAGUGGAAGUGAAGUUUGCCCGCACACCUGUCAUGUCUACAUAUCUGGUGGCAUUUGUUGUGGGUGAAUAUGACUUUGUAGAAACAAGGUCAAAAGAUGGUGUGUGUGUCCGUGUUUACACCCCUGUUGGCAAAGCAGAGCAAGGAAAAUUUGCGUUAGAGGUUGCUGCUAAAACCCUGCCUUUUUAUAAGGACUACUUCAAUGUUCCUUAUCCUCUACCUAAAAUUGAUCUCAUUGCUAUUGCAGACUUUGCAGCUGGUGCCAUGGAGAACUGGGGCCUUGUUACUUAUAGGGAGACUGCAUUGCUUAUCGAUCCAAAAAACUCCUGUUCUUCAUCACGCCAGUGGGUUGCUCUGGUUGUGGGACAUGAACUCGCCCAUCAAUGGUUUGGAAAUCUUGUUACUAUGGAAUGGUGGACUCAUCUUUGGCUAAAUGAAGGCUUUGCAUCAUGGAUUGAAUAUCUGUGUGUAGACCACUGCUUCCCAGAGUAUGAUAUCUGGACUCAGUUUGUUUCUGCUGAUUACACCCGUGCCCAGGAACUUGACGCUCUAGAUAACAGCCAUCCUAUUGAAGUCAGUGUGGGACAUCCUUCUGAAGUCGAUGAGAUAUUUGACGCUAUAUCAUAUAGCAAAGGUGCAUCUGUCAUCCGAAUGCUCCAUGACUACAUUGGGGAUAAGGACUUUAAGAAAGGAAUGAACAUGUAUUUAACCAAGUUCCAACAAAAGAAUGCUGCCACAGAGGACCUCUGGGAAAGUUUAGAAAAUGCUAGUGGUAAACCUAUCGCAGCGGUGAUGAAUACCUGGACCAAACAAAUGGGAUUUCCCCUCAUUUAUGUGGAAGCAGAACAGGUAGAAGAUGACAGAUUAUUGAAGUUGUCCCAAAGAAAGUUCUGUGCCAGUGGACCAUAUGCUGGAGAAGACUGUCCCCAGUGGAUGGUUCCUAUCACAAUCUCUACUAGUGAAGACCCCAACCAUGCCAAACUGAAAAUUCUGAUGGACAAGCCAGAGAUGAAUGUGGUUUUGAAAAAUGUCAAACCAGACCAGUGGGUAAAGUUAAACCUGGGAACAGUUGGGUUUUAUCGGACCCAGUACAGCUCAGCCAUGCUGGAAAGUUUAUUACCUGGCAUUCGUGACCUUUCUCUGCCCCCUGUGGAUCGACUUGGAUUACAGAAUGACCUCUUCUCCUUGGCUCGAGCUGGAAUCAUUAGCACUGUAGAGGUUCUAAAAGUCAUGGAGGCUUUUGUGAAUGAGCCCAAUUAUACUGUAUGGAGCGACCUGAGCUGUAACCUGGGGAUUCUCUCAACUCUCUUGUCCCACACAGACUUCUAUGAGGAAAUCCAGGAGUUUGUGAAAGAUGUCUUUUCACCCAUAGGGGAGAGACUAGGCUGGGACCCCAAACCUGGAGAAGGUCAUCUAGAUGCACUCCUGAGGGGCUUGGUUCUGGGCAAACUGGGAAAAGCAGGACAUAAGGCAACAUUAGAAGAAGCCCGCCGUCGGUUUAAGGACCACGUGGAAGGGAAACAGAUUCUCUCCGCUGAUCUGAGGAGUCCUGUUUAUCUGACCGUUUUGAAGCAUGGUGAUGGCACUACCUUAGACAUUAUGCUAAAGCUUCACAAACAAGCAGAUAUGCAGGAAGAGAAAAACCGAAUUGAAAGGGUCCUUGGGGCUACUCUUUCACCUGAAUUGAUUCAAAAAGUCCUCACGUUUGCACUUUCAGAAGAGGUACGCCCACAGGACACUGUGUCAGUAAUUGGUGGAGUGGCAGGAGGCAGCAAGCAUGGAAGGAAGGCUGCUUGGAAGUUUAUAAAAGACAACUGGGAAGAACUUUAUAAUCGAUACCAGGGAGGAUUCUUAAUAUCCAGACUAAUAAAGCUAUCAGUUGAGGGAUUUGCAGUUGAUAAAAUGGCUGGAGAGGUUAAGGCUUUCUUCGAGAGCCACCCAGCUCCUUCAGCUGAGCGCACCAUCCAGCAGUGUUGUGAAAAUAUCCUGCUGAAUGCUGCUUGGCUAAAGCGAGAUGCUGAGAGCAUUCACCAGUACCUCCUUCAGCGAAAGGCCUCGCCACCUACGGCGUGAACCCUGAGCGCCGCCACCGCGGUUCUGCUGCUUGGCUGCAGGGAUGAGGUGGGGCUACCGAACAGCUGAUUCAUAUGCCGAGAAUUUGGAGUCUUCUUUCAAACCAGUGGGGGUUGGACGAUGAAUGUAGUUAACUGGUUCCUGCUCACACUCCAGAAUUAAAUUCUAUUGAAAAAGGAAAAUCAGCAAUUCAGCAAAAAAAUAAGUAAAUAAAUAAAAAUAAAAAAUAAAAAAUGUAAAUAUGAUAGUAAUAAA